AUGCUCUCCACUCUGAGAGUCGCCAGCCGCUCGGCUGCCUCGCGUGAGGCCAACUUCCGCACCGUCGUCAUCGGUGCCAGACAUGCUUCGGCCUGGGCCAAUGUUCCCCAGGGUCCUCCUGACGCCAUUCUCGGAAUCACCGAAGCAUUCAAGGCCGACUCCUUCAAGGAGAAGAUCAACCUGGGCGUGGGCGCCUACCGCGAUGACAUGGGCAAGCCAUACGUUCUGCCCUCUGUUCGCACCGCCGAGGACAAGGUCGUCGCGUCGCGCUUUGACAAGGAGUACGCCGGCAUCACAGGUGUGCCCGCCUUCACCAACGCCGCUGCCGAGCUGGCCUACGGCUCCGACUCCCCUGUGAUCAAGGACAACCGCCUGGUCAUCACCCAGACCAUCUCCGGCACUGGCGCGCUGCGCAUUGGCGGCGCGUUCCUGGAGCGCUUCUACCCGCACGCGAAGAAGGUCUACCUGCCUAACCCCAGCUGGGCCAACCACAACGCCGUCUUCAAGGAUGCCGGUCUCGAAGUUGAGAAGUACCGCUACUACAACAAGGACACCAUCGGCCUGGACUUUGAGGGUCUGAUCGCCGAUAUCAAGGCCGCCCCGAACAACAGCAUUAUCCUUCUCCACGCCUGCGCGCAUAACCCUACCGGCGUCGACCCCACCGAGGACCAGUGGCGCCAGAUCAGCGACGUGAUGAAGCAGAAGGGCCACUUCGCCUUCUUCGACAUGGCCUACCAGGGCUUUGCCAGCGGCAACGCCGACAAGGACGCCUUUGCGCCGCGCCACUUCGUCAAGGAGGGCCACAACAUCGCUCUGUGCCAGAGUUUCGCCAAGAACAUGGGUCUGUACGGCGAGCGAGUUGGCGCCUUCUCGCUGGUCUGCGAGUCUGCCGAGGAGAAGAAGCGCGUCGAGUCGCAGAUCAAGAUUCUCAUCCGGCCCUUCUACUCCAACCCGCCCAUCCACGGCGCCCGCGUUGCCUCCACCAUCAUGAACGACCCGGAGCUGAACCAGCAGUGGCUCGGCGAGGUCAAGGGCAUGGCGGACCGCAUCAUCGAGAUGCGCUCGCUUCUGCGCACCAACCUCGAGCAGCUCGGCAGCAAGCACGACUGGUCCCACAUCACCAGCCAGAUCGGCAUGUUCGCCUACACCGGCCUCAAGCCCGAGCAGAUGGAUGUCCUUGCCAAGGAGCAUUCCGUGUACGCUACCAAGGACGGCCGUAUCUCCGUCGCUGGUAUCACCUCUGGCAACGUGAAGAGACUCGCCGAGGCCAUCUUCAAGGUGACCGGCUAG